UCUAAAAGCCUUACUGUCUCACUGUCCCUUUUAUGACAAAAUUGGUGUCUAAAUCCAAUGUUCACACCCAAGUCAAUAUUUCUUCAAAACAAUUCUAUUAAAAAACCCUAAUCAGUUUUUUCCAUAGUUUCUUCAAUAAUUUCAAUCUCCUUACUUUAUUCUACUACAUAUAUAAUCCAAAUUUGUUUGAAAUCCAUCAUUUCUUACCUUCAAUUGAUCAAAUAUAUACCAAUUACUUCUACAAGAAGUUACAUAUUAUAUUAAAGGUGGAUCCAAAGCAAGGAAAGAGACCUCUAAUGGCAUCCGGCGGCGACGACAACGAAAGCGGAGGAUAUUAUCACAACCGCCACGGUGGUAGUCACGGUGGUGGUGUAGAUGAUGAUAGUCUUCUUAACUUCCCGGUGUACUCGGCUCGAUCUCAACAUGACAUGUCUGCCAUGGUUCAAGCCCUUUCUCAAGUGAUUGGGAGUACAAGUAAUAACAAUGAUACAUCCCCAUCUCAAGAUCUUAUCCCAGCUCAAAUAUUUCAUGCAAACCAACCACAAAAUCUGAAUUUUCAACCCCUUGAAGCUAACCAAGGUGAUGUGAGGAAGAGACACUAUAGAGGAGUAAGACAGAGGCCAUGGGGGAAAUGGGCAGCAGAGAUACGCGAUCCAAAGAAAGCAGCACGCGUAUGGCUUGGAACAUUCGACACUGCUGAAUCUGCAGCUCUUGCUUAUGAUGAAGCUGCCCUUAAAUUCAAAGGUAACAAAGCCAAGUUAAACUUCCCUGAAAGAGUUCAAGGCAAGUUAACCGACUCCGGCUUCUACAUGAUUCCGGCCUCCUCCUCCUCCGCCCUUCAACAACCACCACCACCACCACCGCAACAUCAAAUACCUAACAAUUAUCCUUAUCCACUUCAUUAUCAAACACCUAAUAAUAAUUAUAAUUACAAUAAUUAUAAUAAUUAUAUGAUGAUGACUUCUUCGGCUAUUCCUUUUAACAACAUCCAAAACCACCAAACUCAGCAUGGGGAUCAUCAUAGCAGCUUUCAUUAUAAUAAUUCUCAACAAUAUGAAGCAAUUACUCCGCCAAGCUAUAAUGUUUCCGAGUCGUCCUCGGCUUCUUACGGCGGCGAGGAUCAUAGCAGCAGCUUUGCUACUAUUAAGAUGGAAACCCUCAAUCCUGAUGAACUUCAACAACAACAUGAUCAACACUUGUUUUUUUCAACCUCAUCACUACGUGGAAGAGGAAAUAGUGAAUAGUACGUAACUACGUACGUGAUUAUUAUAUAUGCAUGUAAUGUUAUUUCUUUUACGUUUGCUUCAUUUCCUAAUUGCUUUGUAUGCUCAUACGUAGUAUGUACGUAACAAGUAUUACAACUUUUGUUUUCGGAAACCAUCAAUUGGCCGGAUCGAGGUCGAUCAUAUCAUAGAGAAUCCAAGUUGAUCGUCACUCCAUCCGAAAUCACUUGUCAUGUUAUUCCAAUGUCUCAUAGUCAGAGAAAUUAUAUGCAUGGUAUUAUAAUUAUAUGUACCCUAGCAUUUGUAAAAGUUCUAUCUUUUACCCAUGUUUACUUAACUCAUGUUAGGCA